UCAUUGUGUUGGCCACGUACCCGGGCCACGUCGCGGUACUCUCCCCCUCGCCAUCUUUCAGUCGGGAAAGCAAUCUUUGCUGUGGGGGAAACUUUAGCACUGCAGAGCAUCGAGCAGCUUGUCAUCCAGACACGUUUCAACCAGCUAUUCGUCAGAUCUAAAGAAACAUGAACAUAUUCAGACUGACUGGGGAUCUGUCCCACUUAGCAGCCAUCAUCAUCCUCCUACUGAAAAUAUGGAAAAGCAGGUCGUGUGCAGGAAUAUCUGGAAAGAGUCAGAUUCUUUUUGCCUUGGUUUUCACCACCCGCUAUCUGGACCUUCUCACUACAUUCAUUUCCUUGUACAACUCCUUCAUGAAGGUCUUCUACAUCGCAUGUGCCUAUGCUACAGUAUACCUGAUCUACGCUAAAUUCAAGGCCACCUACGAUGGCAACCACGACACUUUCAGGGUGGAAUUCCUGAUCGUCCCAGUUGGAGGCUUGGCAUUCCUUGUCAACCAUGACUUCUCUCCUUUGGAAAUCCUUUGGACCUUUUCCAUAUACCUGGAGUCUGUGUCUAUCCUUCCUCAGCUUUUUAUGAUCAGCAGAACUGGAGAAGCAGAGACCAUCACCACCCACUACUUAUUCUUCCUCGGUCUCUAUCGAGCACUUUAUCUCAUUAACUGGAUCUGGCGUUUCUACACUGAAGGCUUCUUUGACAUGAUUGCCAUCGUGGCGGGGGGUGUUCAGACAAUCCUGUACUGUGAUUUCUUUUAUCUCUAUGUAACAAAAGUGUUAAAAGGAAAGAAGCUGAGUCUGCCAGCUUAAGUGCCAAAGAUGGAUUCCCUGGGAGUGCAUUGAGGGGCCACAGGACACAAAGGACGAUGCCUAAAACAGAGUGCAAAAAAUCCAUUCAUGUUCUACUCAAGCCCUCUUUUACAUACAAGUGAUCUGGGACAGUAUUGGAUUAAAACAGUGGCUGUAUCACUGCUUCCCCAGUCUUCGGAUUGCUGUUUUAGGCAUCUUGUCUUACCUGUUUUUAUAAAUCUGUAUAAAGGAAAACAUUAUAAAAAAAAACUAUGUGAAAUGUGUUACUAUGAUUUGACUUGAUGCCUCAUAAUAGUUGAAAAAUGCCUUGAAUCUGGCAACAGUCAGGGACUGAUUGUUUAGAUGAAUAUUGAUUGCUUGUAUUUUCAACCGGAUUAAAUGUAAAUGUAUUUUCUAAAAACAUGCAGGAUUGAUAUUUGUUGGGCAUUGCUUUUUAUAGUAAAAUUGAGCAAAAACUUUAAUUUUUCCCCCCCUCAGUCAACUCCUUAAUGCAAUAAUUCUUUGUGAAACAAGGUCAAUCAUGAUACAGUGGCUUCCCAAAAAGUUGUUUGUACCACUUGAGCUUAAUUUAAAAAAAAGCGAUCUAAAUUUUUAAUAUGUGGGGAUUUCCUUAAAGCAGUUCAACAUUCAGGUUCUAACCACUGUCUGUCAGCAUACAGUAUACACUGCCAUUUUUACUGUCAUGGAGUUUUAUGAACUAACAAAGGCAUCUCGUCAUGUUAAGUUUAUAAGCAGUAUGUGUUUUGAAAAGUUUUAUUAGUUUUGGCAUGAAAGUUCACCCGGAAAGUUUGAUUCCACAAUAUUGAUAAUUUAUUCCCAUUGGUGUAUGAUGACAGGAUAGAAAUUGCUCAAAUGAUACAGGAAAUUAAGUUUUGUAGCAGAUUGACUUGGCCAGUAAUGCUCAUUUAUAUCAACGUGAUGUAUAAUGAUCAUGUUUGUUUCAAACCUGUAAGUAAUAUGAUGGAAUGGCUAUUGACUAAGCACACUUCAUUUAUAAAUACACAACUUUAUUGUUAUUUCGAUAAUUACCACUUUAUUUUUUUGUAUUAUUUCAUAGUCAAAAGUUUCUGCUUUUUUUAAAUUUUGCAUGAUGCCACACCCUCAAAUAAAAAUUUUAUGGGAAA